AGAGUCUUUUCGCUACGUCUGCGCGGUAUAGGCAAAGGUAUUACCUUGCUUGACCUUGAUACUAUCCUUCCAAUCCAAUGGGCCGAAGCCUGCCGUUCCAUCGACCUAUCAGGUUUUCGAAUAAUCGUCCUCCAUUUUCCAGGGCAGUGAUAUUAUAAAGCUCAACUUGUCGGCUGCGUCCUCACCGGUCAGUCAUCAACAACAAUGUCCACCCAUUACAGGUCCAACCUCGCAAACCUGCCGUCGGGGUACGAAAUGCCUCAUCCCCAAGUACCUCGCCAGUACUCGGUCGGUCCUUCGUCACCUGUGUACAAGACUUCGAUAAUGAAUCCAAUCGACUAUGUGAGAAAUGCAACGAAUGCGCGGAACAACUAUACCACCGAUAGUAACAGAACGGCGGAAGAGGAGGAGGAGGAGGAAGUAAUAGUUUUUCAAUGUCCCGAAUGCCCUACUCAGUGCACUGGCCCGCACGCGAGAGGGAACAUGAGCCGACACAUGAGAAAACACAAGAGCGAACCCAAAAAGAAAAAAGACAACCUCAAAUGUCCUUAUUGUGAGUCAAAAUUCGGGCGAUCCGACGCAACAAGAAAGCAUAUCCGUCGCUACCACCCCGAGGUGGCUAUUGACAUCGACGACCCUGCAUCAGAGGUUCCUCGUCAUCUCCCUAAACGUAAAGCUGCCGAGAUACAAAGAAUUACCAAUUUGAUGCUACAAAUCAUGGGCUACGACCAGAUGCUGUUUUUCAUGAGUAACCUAGGUGAUGUAGUCAGGUACACGGAAAAUUCAAGACCCGGCGACCAGACCACACGGGGAUUUCGCGAGGCUUUUGAAAUCCUCGCGGCAGCCCAGGUUCCGCAAUAUUCCAUGCCCAUAGAUGGCGAAUCAACUGGCACCGGGUCAGCUGAGCAACAGCCUCUUGGAACAUCUUCUUACUUGCCACUUGACAAUGCAGGACCCUCAAACUCUGCAAACCAAGGUGUCUACUACGAGAAUCCAGAAGAUCCUGGCCAGCAACCUCAACUUGAAGCAACGAACGAUUCUCCGCCUGCCAAGCCGGGGCAGAUGCUCUUUGGCUGUCACGUUUGUAAAUAUCAUAGAAUGCAAGGCUACCCUCCCACUUGUGAGUACGAAGGAGCAACUGGCCUUUCCAGUGUUAUAGACCAUCUGCGUCAAAAAUGCCAUCGGACUCAUAUUCGACGAGUCUCUCGAUGCAAGAUCUGCUGGGGCUUCUACUUCGAUGAGACCGGGGCCUGUGACAAUGACCAUAGCUACCUCCAACAAGGUGAGCGCUUGGUACAGCCAAGAGGGGCCAGGCAAGAAGGUGCCUGGGUUGCGCUCUUCCUCAUGUUCUUUCCGGAUGCACCGGCAAUCCCUAGUCCUUAUGUCGGUGACGACCGCUUUGUCGAUACCACAAAUUUACCCGGAUUCACUUCGAGCAGAGUCUCUUUUCUACCGGUUCUUACCCCCCACGACUUUAGAACGGACGACAUCUACGGUGCGCUCUCUCCAGAUGAUUUCAAUGCACCAGCGCAGUCAACCCGCAAAUGGUCUGAAAACGCUAUCUUACUUGCCACGACUUCCUCGUUGGGUGCCAUCGCCCAGCUACUCCAGGACGCUCUACUUGACGGGGCCAUCGACCCGAGAUUUGAAUAUGCUCAUCGCCUGAUCCGUGACAACCGUGGCCGCCUCAGUGAAACGGAUCGGCAUCUUAUUGCGAGAGACAUCCGCACGUUGACACUCCGGUUCAUGACUCAUAUUCAUGCCCACCUGGAUAAACCUAUGUCUUUGCCUUUGGAACCUCCCUCUGACCAUUAAACCCGGAUCCUGUGCACCAAACUGGACCAGACUGGAAUUCCCAGGCGGCAUCUAAAUAGGAACACCAAACUCCUUGCUUACUCCCCAACACGGGCGAAUUUCGUUCGCUUUCUCCGUUCGUUCUAUUCAUCAGUGGAUCU